AUGGGCGUUGCGUGCUGUAGGCUCCUCCCGGAGCUGGAGCCCCCGGAACGCAGGCAAGAUAAAAAGGUCAAAUGGGAGAGACCGAGGGAGAAGGUCCCGAGAACAAAAGCAGAGGCAGCUGGCAGGAUCCAGGCGUGGUGGCGUGGCACCCUGGUGCGCCGGACACUGCUGGUGGCCGCCCUCCGGGCCUGGAUGAUUCAGGCCUGGUGGAGGGCGCUGCUGCGGCAGCGGGUAAGAAAGUUCCAUCAGGCCCUGCUGAAGGUCUACGUGAUCCAGGAGCAGGCGGCGGUCAAGCUGCAGUCCUAUAUCCGCAGGUGCCAGUGCCAUCAGCGCUACAGCCAAGGGCGUGGCGCUGUCAGCCUCCUCCAGGCCCCCAGGCCCUGUCUCCCCCUCCAGACCAGGGGCAGGCUGCAGGCGCAGCCGGAGGGCACUACCAAAGGGCUGGAGUUCCACGUGGAGAUUCUAUCCAUCUGA